UUACGCAACAGCCGAGUGGUGGUCUCGGUACUCUCGAAUUCGCCAUUCUCAAAUUUUCAUCGGGAAAUUCGAUAAAAAAGUCUAGAGAUAUGUUGAGAUUCGUGGCUGGACGUGCGGUUAAUGCUGCCCGGGGAAUGAUGAUCCCCAGGGUAACUGCUGUGGGGGUACAGUCAACGAGAUCAUCAUCACAUGAGACUCAGGAGACUGACGAAGAGUUCGAUGCAAGAUACGAGGCCUACUUCAAUCGCCCUGACAUAGAUAGCUGGGAAAUUCGUAAAGCUAUGAAUGAUCUUGCUGGUAUGGAUCUUGUCCCAGAGCCAAAAAUUGUCAUAGCAGCUCUGAAAGCCUGUCGCAGACUAAAUGACAUUGCCCUCGCCAUCAGAUUUCUAGAAACCGUCAAAUUCAAAGGUGGAAGCGAGGUCCAUCUCACCUGGCCCUAUAUCGUCCAGGAAAUUCGUCCAACACUUGAUGAGCUUGGGAUCAACACUCCAGAAGAACUUGGCUACGAUAAGCCCGAAUUGGCGCUAAGACCGCCCUAUGAUUACAACUAGAUUCAAUAUUUUCAAAUGAAGAAGAACACUAGUCUUAAUGUCCUAGAAGUCCUUUCAAUUUUCGCGAUCAUUUUCGACAAUGGAAAGAGAGAAAAUGCCGAAAAUAAUGAAAAUGAAAUGAUGAACAUGUGUACAUUUUUUCCUUGUUGAAACAAUUUAUUAAUAAAUAAAAAAGAGAAGGAGAUUGAGGCAUUGAAACGAUGAUUUGGAUUCUUUUCUUGGAAGGGCUGAUAAAUAAAAUAAGCUUUCAUAAUU